CUUUUAUUUUCCCCUAAGAUUAGUUUCCGUUUCCUUUUCGUCGAAGAAUCGCAGCCAUGAAGGCUAAAGGAGAGUUGAGAGAAUAUGAAGUUAUUGGGCGCAAGCUGCCCACUGAAAAAGAAACCAACACGCCUCUAUACCGUAUGAGGAUUUUCGCCCCAGACCUCAUCGUGGCAAAAUCUCGCUUUUGGUAUUUCUUGAGACAGUUGAAGAAGUUCAAAAAGUCAACCGGUGAAAUAGUGUCGGUGAAGCUAAUUCCCGAAAAAACUCCGACUAAAAUCAAGAACUUUGGAAUUUGGCUCCGGUAUGACUCGCGGUCUGGUACCCAUAAUAUGUACAGGGAAUACCGGGAUUUGAGCGUCUCUGGGGCUGUAACGCAAUGUUACAGGGAUAUGGGGGCGCGUCAUCGUGCGCGAGCUCAUUCAAUUCAGAUUAUUAAAGUGGAAGAAGUUAAAGCGGCAAAUACAAGGAGGCCUCAAGUGAAACAGUUCCAUGAUUCAAAGAUUCGCUUCCCAUUGCCCAAGAGAAUUCAACACAAAUCGAUGAAUCGCUUCUCUGUCCGCAAACCAAGAACAUACUUCUUGUAAUUUUAUUGGUUAACUGGAUAAUAAAACAUUUCUAAUA